UGGGGCCCUUUUCCUUGGCUGAGGAGGAAGAGGAGCCCAGUGGGCAGCGAUGAAGGGCCUGAGCCGCCUGCUCCGCGCCGGGGAGGAUGCCGCGCAGGGAGCCGUGGCCGUGAGCCACGAGGGCCUACUGCCAGAUGAGAGAGAAUUUCAACAUGCUGCUAAAAUGAACAAUUUGGAUACCAUGGAAAAGCUGUGUAAAAAGAAUGUGAACAUAAAUGCUGUAGAUGCUCUGAAGCGCACAGCAUUCCAUUUUGCUGUUGCGGGAGGCCAUGUGUCCGUGGUGGAUUUUCUUCUUCAUCACAAAGCUAGACUUGACAUGGCAGAUCAGCAUGGCCUGACAGUGAUUCAUCUUGCAGCCUGGACUGGAAAUCUGGAUAUAAUACGAAAACUAGUUAAAGCAGGUGCUGAUCAGAAGGCUAAAAAUGAGGAAGGAAUGAAUGUACUGCAUUUUGCAGCUCAGAGCAACAGCAUUAAAAUAGUUGAUUAUUUCCUCCAAGAUCUUCAUCUGAAUGACUUGAACAAACCUGAUGGGAAAGGUAAAAAGCCAUUUCUUCUGGCCUCUGAAAAAGGCCAUGUUGACAUGAUAAAAAAUUUGAUUGCUCUGAAGCUAUUUACAUCUGAAAAAGAUAAGGAGGGAAACACAGCAUUGCAUUUAGCAGCCAAAAAUGGUCACAGUGAAGUUGUGGAAAUUCUGCUUGAACAAUGGGAGGAAAUAAAUGACUUCAAUCAGAAUGGAGAAACUCCAUUUUACUUGGCUGUUGAAGGAGGUCAUCAAAAAUGUGCUGAGCUCUUACUGGAGGCAGGGAGUGACAUCAAUAUUUCAACUCAGAACAAUAGCAGUGCUUUGCAGGUUGCAAUUCAGAAUGGACAUCUAUCCUUGGUUACUUUUCUGAUUGAUAAGAAUAUUGACCUGGUUCCUAAACCCGAGCAGAAGAAUUCCCCUCUCCAUUUAGCAGUUCUCAGUAAUAAUCUACUGAUAGUAAAAAGCCUUUUGGAUGCCAAUCACAACAUAAACUCCUUAAAUCACAGGCAGGAAACCCCUCUACAUCUGGCAGCUGAUCUUGGCAAUGUGGAGUUGGUGGAAGUGCUGCUGAAGUCAGGCUGCAAUCUCAAAACCAUGGAUAAGCAUGGGAAAACUGCACUAGCCAUAGCAUCAAGGAGCCAUCAUGCCCUCAUUGUAGAUAUGAUCAUUAAAGCAGAAAGGUAUUUUGCCAUGAAACAGACACAUCUAGCUCAUAGUGGUAAUGGGUCAGACUUCAGUGUGUCCUUCAAACAAGAUCACAGCACACAGACCAAGCAAAUCCGUUCCUCCCUUUGGAAUCUCGCAUACAACCAGUUAAAACCCCACGAAUGGAAAAAACUGGCUUUAUUCUGGAAGUUCACAGAUGAACAAAUUAAAGCUAUUGAAGAACAGUGGACAGGGAAAAAAAGUUACAAGGAACACGGGAACAGAAUGUUGCUCAUCUGGUUACAUGGUACAUUGCUGGCUCAUCAGAAUCCUGUUAAACAUCUAUAUGAAGAUCUGGUGGGAGCAGGACUUCAGCCUUUAGCUGAGAAGAUCAGAGCUUCAGUUUGCAUUGGCAUGGACUCCAGGAAAUGUGUCAUUUCAUGAGUUCAUCAACAUAACAUGGCACAUAUGAUGGAAUUACAUGCCAGAAGGAAAGUGGCUUUCAAAUAUCUUUUUGGGAAACAAAAAACAUUUUUUGAAGUUGUACAACUUUUUCUACCCUAGAAGAACUUGCACUCCUGAAAUGGUUACUUUUUUCUCAAAUGCUUGCUAAACAGAAAUGUAAAAAAAUUAAGAAUUAAUGGCUGACUGGUAGCUUUUAACUGCUACGUAAGAUUCACCACUUACAAUUUCUACAUCUGACCAAACACUGAUAAAGCUAUUCUGUAUUGGAACUGCAAAUUAAACUACUUUGUGUUUGAUGUGAAAUGUAAAUAAGAUGUUUUCUACAUGAAAAAAAUUAAAUUUAGUAAAUGAAAGUUAUGCAUAUAAAUCAACUAACACUUGGCAACUAACACUAAGCUGGCAUCUGGCCUCAUUUAGGAUUCAGGUUUUUAUGAAUUCUUGCUAGGAUUAUGACAAAUCUUUCUGCUGCAACAUUUGAUUUAUGUAGUGAAGAAACACAAAAAUGUCUUAUGUAAACACCACGUGUGGCUGGCUGCAGAAUUUUCUAUCAUGGUCUAACACUGUAUACAUACCCUCAUAAGAGCAUUUGAUAUUUAAUACUUCACACAUCUAGCAAUUAUUUACUUAUUUAUUGUUUAUAUUUUGAAUUAAUUUUUGGUAGUGUCCUGCUGACUAUGUUUAAAGGCUUUCUUAUUACUGAACGUAUUUAAUACCUGAAAAAUUAUGUAAAUGUCUUAGUGAUCUUCUUUAUAACAUAGCAAUAGUUUUAUUGUGUAAUGUAGGAAUUGAAUUGCCUUUUCUAUUUGCAUAUAGCUAGCAUUAUUUUGAGCUGAAUCCUAUUGUUUGUACUAAAAAAGUCAUCUGUACCUUAGUCUGAAGUCUUACUUCAAACUGCCCACCUGUUUGCAAGCUUCUUUGACUCUGCUGCAGAGCAUCCCAGGAAUAUGAAGAACAGACCAGUAAAUCAUAAAAGUUUUGGAAUUAGGGAUCUAAAAUACAAAUGCUUGGAACCCUACAGUAUUCAUCAAGUUCUACCACAUUAGCUUGUAAAAUGAAAAUGUUUAAGAAUUUGAUGGACUGAGCACCUCACCUAGCCUAAACUGGACCGUGGGUGAGGAGGAUGCUACCCUGCUGUUCUCCAUUUAAAUACAGUGUUGCAGGAUAUAAUUAAGCUUCAAGCCAGCUAUACUUACAUGCAUAAACAACUAAAAGUGUUUGUAAGAAAAAAAAAAAUUCAUUUUCUCUUGAACACAGAUGUUAGUAUCACUGGGAUUAAACAAGAGAUUCAGACAAAAAUCACAUUGUAUCCUUUAUUUAAAAAGUGUGCUAAAGAUUUCUUAAAUAAAAAGUAUUUGUCCUAAUAAUAAAAGUUUGGAGGUAGAAAAACAGUUCAAGUUAUUUUUUCCCCUCCAGGUUUUAUUAUAAAAGCACUUUUACUUAAAAAACCUUCUUUUUUUAGAAAAGGGUAAAAACAUGAUAUGUACUUUAGGCCUUACUGCAUCAAAUCUGAAAAGACUGGGUAGUGGUACCUUGAUUAAAAACCCCUACUGGUGAGCAAGAUAUCAGUCAGUCAACAACUUUUAUUGACUGAACACUGGUAUGAGUUUGAAGCACUCGCCCAGCUUGUCCUGCAGGUCUCGCAGUGGUAGAGCCAGAAGAAUGAAGCACAGUUCGAGGAUACUUAGCAGCAGUGGCUUGUGAUAUGGUUUGCUGAAAAGUAAUCAGAUACAUCAAAACACUUAAUGACACAAAAAGCCACAUUAAAAUAGCUCUAGGUGAGCUGUUGUUUAAAAAGAAAGACCUGCAACCUAGCAAACAGAAAUACACUUAUCAAGAAGAAAAAAAUAAAUGGCCAUUCAACAGAAAGGAAAAAAACUUACUCUUUCUUAUCUGUAAUAGUCUUUUUAGAAUACAAAGUGCUAAACUUCCAGUUACCUAAGUAUUUUGGGCUUUUAUCACCCCAGUUUUAUUUCAAGGUUGGUUUGUUUUAGUUUUUUACUAUACUGUUCACAGUUUUCCCCUGUAGAGCUAAGUUAAUCAUGCCAACUUUCCUUUUGAAGUAUUUGCUAUGAGGCAGUCCGUGAAAGAUCUUUGAGAAUAGAAGGUUUGCAAUUUUAUCAAGAAUUAAUUUUCUGCCCAUAAAACUAGCCACCUUAGUGUAAUAAACAGUAUUCAUUCUGCUUUUAAUCAAGUUAAAUUCUCUUCCCUCUCAAAUUAACUCAAGACAACUACUUGACUUCAGAUUUUUAUUUGCAGAAUGGGUAUACAGAAUGUAUCUCCAGGGCUGUCACAGUUAUUACAUUUUCAGAAGUCAGUUUUUGUUUCAGUAGUUCAGGUGCUUUCCUUGUCACACUAGUCACAAAAUCUGAAGCCAGAAACUGUUCUUCAUGAAAUAAUUACCACACUGAAUCUCUAAACUCCUAAGAACAUAAAAUUUAAAUAUUAAUUUCUGCUUAGGAACCCAAAUUCUUGAAAGCAGCAAGCCACACAGCUGUGAGUCAUAGCAGGAAAUGGGGGCCUUUUCUGCUUUUGGUACUGCCAUGAUGGUGAGGAAUUGAGGGUGCUUGGGAAAUUGGGAACAGACAACCAGGACAGGUGACCCAAACUGACCAGAAGGAUAUUCCAGACCAUGUGGCACCAAGCUCAGUGCAUAGAGUGGGGGCAAGAAGCAGGAAAGGGGGGGACAUUUGUAGUGAUGUCAUUUGUCUUCCCAAGUAAGCAUUUUGCAUGAAUGGGGCCCUGCUCUCCUGGAGAUGGCCUGUGCAUGGGAAGCACUGAAUUAAUUCCUUGUUUUGCUUUGCUUGUGUGCACACCCUUUGCUUUCCCUAUUAAACUGUCUUUUUCUCAACCCAAGAUUUCUCCAGCUUUCACCCUUCUGAUUGUCUUCCCAAACUCUCUGGUGGGGGAAUGAAUAAGUGGCUGUGUGGGGCUUGGCUGGUGCCUGGGGUUACACCAUGACUCUUCCUCAGCCAUGCCUUCUACACAAAGACAGUAAGUAAUGUUUGCUGCUUUCAACAGGCCUCAAGUCUGAGCUUUGUCUAAUACCUCUUGACAAGGUAAUUUUUCUUCAAACCACUACCAGAUGUGCUGUAAUAAAAAUACUUUAAGAACAUAAAUACACAAUCUGAUUUACCUGAGUGACUGGAUGGUGCUUCUCAACAAUAACUGAACUCAUGGGUGGAG